GUGAGUGGGAGUUUGUUUCUGCAGCUCCCGCAAGGGCAGCGUCAAGACAGGCGAACGACGCUGCCAUAACUCAGCCCCCUCCCUCAGACAAAAACCGGCGCUCGGAAGAUGACCUCUCGGACCCUGGCUGUCAGGACGGCGACCAGAUGCUUCCAGGAGGUGUACCUACCCCGGACUGUCACUCCUCCGCAGUUGGGCUGCAGUUUGACGCACGGUCGGCUCGGCGGCUCCCGUGCGGCAUGCGGUGUGGCGUGUCCCCGGAGCCUGGCCGGCCGCCGCAGCGCCGCAGUCCCGGCGCAACCGUGUGCUCCGUACACGGACAGCGCGGCUCACGACCGGAGUUACCUGUGGUCCUUGUACAACGAGACUAAGAAAGAUCUGAGCUUCCCAGGAAGAUCCAUUUACCUUAAUCCGGAUGGGAUAUUUGCCAACAAUGAAGUCUGCCUCUCGGACAUUGAGGUUUAUGGCUUCGACUACGACUAUACCCUGGCUUUUUACUCCAGCAACUUGCACACUUUAAUCUUCAAUGCUGCACGAGAAAUCCUCAUUCAACAACAUAAAUAUCCAGAAGAUCUGCGGAGCUAUGAUUACAAUCCAAACUUUGUGAUACGUGGACUUCACUAUGACGUGCAAAAGGGAAUUGUGAUGAAGAUUGACGCCUUUCACUACAUGCAGCUGGGAACCGUGUACAGGGGGUUAAGACCAGUUCCAGAUGAGCAAGUCAUCGAGAUCUAUGAAGGGACUCACGUUCCUUUGGAGCAUAUGAGUGACUUUUACGGCAAGAGCUCGCAUGGAUUUACGAUGAAGCAAUUUAUGGACAUAUUCUCGCUGCCAGAGUUAACGUUGCUCUCUUGUGUCAAUGACUAUUUUAUCAAGCAGAAUAUUGACUUUGAGCCAGUUUAUGUUUACAAGGAUGUCAAGGAGGUAAUUCGAGAUGUCCAUGUGAAGGGAAUUUUGUAUCAGGCAGUUGAGCAGGACAUUGAAAAGUACAUAUCUCACGAGGAGAAGACAGGCGCUGUGCUGGGAAGGUUGAUCAACAAUGGCAAGAAACUGUUCCUUAUUACCAACAGCCCUUAUAGUUUUGUCAAUAAAGGAAUGCAGUACAUUGUUGGCAAAGAUUGGCGUGAUCUAUUCGAUAUCAUCAUUGUUCAAGCAGAGAAGCCAGAGUUCUUCAAUGACAGGCGAAGGCCCUUCAGGAGAGCAAACCCAAAAGAUAAACUGCACUGGGAUAAAAUCACCAAACUGGAGAAAGGGAAAAUCUACAAACAGGGCAACUUGUAUGAAUUUUUAAAACUCACUGGCUGGAUUGGUUCAAAGGUGCUUUACUUUGGGGAUCACAUUUACAGUGACCUGGCUGAUUUGACCUUGAAGCAUGGGUGGAGGACAGGAGCAAUUGUCCCCGAGCUGCGAUCGGAGAUUAAAACUAUGAAUACAGAGGAGUACAAUGAGGUGGUCGUGUGGCUGCAGGGUCUUACAGGAUUGCUUGAGCGCGUGCAGGUUUAUGAAGAUGCAGAGUCCCGGAUGGUUUUACAAGAAUGGAUAAAGGAGCGAAACCAGCUGAGGGAACUGACCAAGACCAUCUUCAACCCCCAGUUUGGGAGCAUUUUCCGAACCCACCACAACCCCACCUACUUCUCCCGGCGGCUCUCGCGCUUUGCCGAUAUAUACAUGGCGUCCUUGAGUUGCAUCUUGAACUACAACCUUCACAACACGUUCUAUCCUCGGAGGACGCCCCUGCAGCACGAAGCUGCUCUCUGGACAGACCUGUGCGGAGGCACGCCCAGCAGCCCUCACGUCGAAGGGAUGGCUCAGAUUAAGUGACGUUCUGGAAAGCACGUGGACGAACAUAUCAGUCCUGCGGCAGUUCAGGCCUAUGCUUUAAUCAUUUUAUGAGUAGUUAUAUACGCUUACUGGCCACUUUAUUAGGUACACCUGCUCAUUAAUGUAAAAAUCAGCCAAUCAUGUGGCAGCAACCUAAUGCAUAAAAGCAUGCAGACAUAGUCAAGAGGUUCAGUUGUUGUUCACACCAAACAUCAGAAUGGGAAAGAAAUGUGAUCUAAGUGACUUUGACCGUGGAGUGAUUGUUGGUGCCAGGCAAGGUGGUUUGAGUAUCUCAGAAACUGCUGUUUUCUUGGGAUUUUCACGCACAACGAUCUCUAAGAAUUUACAGAGAUUAUUGCGAGAAACAAAGAAAUAUCCAGUGAGUGGAGGUUCCUUGGGUGAAAACGACUUGUUAAUGAGAAUGGUCAGACUGGUUCAAGCAGACAGGAAGAUGACAACAAUUGAAACAACCAAGCGUUACAACAGUGGUGUGCAGAAGAGCAUCUUUGAAUGCACAACACAUUGAACCUUGAAGUGGGUGGGCUACAGCAGCAGAAGACCACAAUGGGUCCCACUCCUGUACCCAAUAAGGUGGCCACUAAGUGUAUGGAAUCCAGCGAGCUGAAACUGGCCGUGCUGGGAACAUGUUCAGCUGUGCUUUUGCCCCAUUGUGAAGCUGGAAAUUUUAGUGUCGUCUCCUGCUCAGUUUCUCUCUGGAUUGAGUUACUUGAGUAGCCAGUUGGUGUAUCCUUUAGUGGGGUCCGAUUGGGAUUUGAGUAACGGUGUUACUUUUGGCCUGAGAGACGUUGCGACCAUUAAAGCCUGCUGAUAUGACUGGAGCUUUAAUGGAAUGGGCUGGUGACCUUUUAGGGGAGAGGAAAGUAAGGGAAAGGAUUUAAGAAAGAUUUGGGUUUUCAUCAGCUCUCCCAGUCUGCUGGAGUUAGAGAAAAAGAUCAUCAAGGGUUCAUGCUGUGACUCCACAGCCAGACCACUAACUGUACUGAAUGUUGGUAUCAGGUGUGAGCAUGGAGCUGUAUAUAGACACCAUCUUGACACCAGGUUGCUCACAGUAUUCACUUCGAACAUAAUCUUGUGAUGGUUCUCCAAAAUGUACCCUACCCUGAGAUUUGCAAUCUAGUUUUCAAAAGAAGUUCAGUUUCACAAAAUGCACUAGCCACAUGCAGGUAGAUGUGUCACAGACGAUGACUUUCUUUGCCAAUCGUAAUUUACUGGCCAGUACUGAUUGAAUUAGUGUUGUUUACCUUUAUCUGUAUAAUAUAGUUUGUGUAAUAGUCUUGGCUGGACCUGUUACGUAUGUCGUAGGUUAGAAUCAGAAUCAGGUAUAAUAUCACUGGCGUAUCUUGUGAAAUUUGUAAUUUUUAGUGUAGAACUGCGGAUGAUGUUUUUAAAACAACAGUUUACAUUUGAUACUAUGACAGAGCCAAUCACAGAGAAUCGAUUGAAAUAGCAGUUGUGAAGCUGGGCUUUGAGGAGAUUUUCAAAAAGGCGAGAGGGGUUAUUGUGAACCGAGGAAGGAGGAUGAGGAAGGAGUUGGAGAGGAGCAAGACCCUUUUGUACACACAUUAACUCAGAGUGCAGGCUGAAAACUGGGCACGGACUCAGGGCGGCAGGACGUCUCUUUCAAACAGAGAUGGGGAGGAAUUUCUUUAGCCUGAGGGUGAUGAACCUGUGGAAUUCAUUGCCACAGAUGGCUGUGGAGGCCAUGUCAUUCUGUAUAUUUAAAGUAGAGAUUGAUGGGUUCUUGAUUAGUAAGGGCAUCAAAAAUUAAGGGGGGGAGGGCUGGAGAAUGGGAUUGAGAGGGAUAAUGAAUUAGCCUUGAUGGAAUGGUGUAGACGACUCGAUGGGAUGAAUGGCCUAAUUCUGCUCCUAUGGCUUAUGGUCUAAAUUUAAAAAAAUAUUUGUACUUCUAUAUUAGACAGAGUGAGACUAUUUUUUUUGUGUUCAAAGUUGUGAAAUGUCUACAAAUUUUCUACCAUACCUUGUAAAUUGCUUAGAGCUCUGCAGAAUAUGGUAAUUUUUCCUACCUUGUUAACUAUUCCUAAUUACCUCCAAGUGAACUUUUAUUAUACUUUAGAUAUUCAUUUUGUACAGCCACUUAGUGACCUGGGUUAAAUCCUCACCGCUGGUUCCAUCUGUGUGGAGUUUCCACAUUCUCCCUGUAGUUGGUGGUCAGCAGAGAUUCAGUGGGUCAAAGAGCCUGUUCUGUGCUGUAUGUCUCUUUGACUGUGUGGCUUUCCCCUCAGUUGCUGGGGUUCCCAUUAUGUCUUGCAGGUUUUUUUAGAUUAAUUGGCAACUAAUCCCAUUGUGUGUAUGUGAAUGGAGAAUCUGUAGGAAAUUGAUGGAAAUAAGACACAGGAACAAAAUUAUGCCUUUCGGUCCAUUGAAUAUUCCUUGCCAUUUAAUAAUGGGUGAUUUAUUUUCUCUAUCAACUCCAUUCUCCUGCCUUCUCUCUGUAACCUUACCAAAUCAAGAACCUAUCAACUUCCACUUUAAGUAUACCCAAUAACUUGGCCUCCACAUCUGUCUGUGGCAAUGAAUUCCACAGAUUCACCACCCACUGGCUAAAGAAAUUCCUCCUCACCUCUCUCUGAAAAGGAGGUAUUAUUUUGAGGCUGUGCCCUCUGGUCCUUGACUCCCCCUAGUGGUUCACAGGUGAUGUUUCCUGUGUUCCCAUGAAAAUCGCAGGGGGCCCCUGUUGUUCAGUUGCUCUGAAACUUUGGGAGAAUGAGAAAAGCAUGAGAAAGUGAUUAAAUUAGUUUUUCACGUGUACCUCGAAAUAUACAGUGAAACACACUGUUUGCGUCAAUGACCAACACAGUCCAAGGACGUGCUGGGGCAGCCCACAAGUGCCACAUUGCUUCCGGUGCCAGCAUAGCACGCCCACAUCUCACUAACCCGAACCUGUACGUCUUUGGAAUGCAGGAGGAAACUGCAGCACCCGGAGGAAACUCCGGUCGGUCCCCUGCACAUCCUCCUACUCCGUUGGCCAUUGACACACUUACUUCACUUCACUUCACUUCACACUUCACUAUGUUUUGAUAUACAUGUGACAUCUUUACUAGUACAGGAACAGAAGCACAAAGCUGUGUCAAUCUAAUUAAACUGGUAAUUAAAAGCCUAACUAAACCAAUCCCUUCCGUCUACACAACAUCUGAUCUCUCCUAUAUAAGAAUACUUUAAACACCUCUGUUGUACUUUUCUCCACUCCCACUUCUGGCUGCAUUUUCCAGGCACCCACUGUUCUGUGACAAAAAAAAAAUUCUGCCUAGUCAUCUCCUUCGAACUUGCCCCUCUUCGCCUUAAAUGCAUGCUGUCGAGUAUUAGAUGUUUCCACUCUGUGGAGGGGGAGUGGUGGAAAUGCUGCUGGCCAUCCAUUCUGUCUCUGCCUCUCAUAACCUCAAAAGCUUCUGUCAGGUCUCUCCCAGUUCCCUGCUGCUCUAGAGCAAACAACCAGUUUGGCAAACCUCUCCUUUAUAGCGCGUGCCCUCUAAUCCAGGCAGCAACCUGGUAAAACUGUUUUACACCCUCCCAAAAACCUCCACAUUCUUCUAUCCUUAUAGAACAUAGAACAAUACAGGCCCCUCAACCUGCAAUGUUGUACUGAUCCUUUAACCUACUCCAAGGUCAAGCUAACCCUUCCCUCCCAUGUAGCCCUCCAUUCUUCUUUCAUCCAUGUGCCCAUCUAAGAGUCUUAAAUGCCCCUAAUGUAUCUGCCUCUACCACCAUCCCAGCAGUACACUCCACACACCCACCACUCACUGUAUUAAAAAAAAAGACCUCCUUCUGACAACUUGCCUAUACUUUCACCUAAUUGCCAUAAAAUUAUACCCUCUUGAUUUAGCCAUUGCUACAUUAGAGAUAAAGGUACUAGUUCAUUGCACGUCUCGUUCUCCUUUGUUCCAGAGAAAAGCCCUAGCUCGUCUCACCUUUCCUCAAGGUCAUCUCUCUAAUGCAGGCAGCAUCCUGGUAAAUUUCCUUUACACUCUCUCUAAAGCUUCCACAUCCUUCCUAUAAUGAGAUGACCAGAACUGAAUACAACACUCCGUGUGGUCUAACCAUUUUUUAUGUGAGCUGUAACAUUACCUUGCGGCUCUUCAACACAAUUCUCCGAUGAAUGAAGGCCAACAUACCAGACGUCCUCUUAACCACCAUAUGUUUUGCAUUUACAAAUGGGUUGUUAUUAUUAUAUUGUCUUGGGUUGGAGCUGUUCAAACCAACCGAAGGUACACUGGUGUCUGGACUGGAGACACAUUGGAAGCCCAGGGGUCCACUUGACCACCAAGAUAAGUUCCAUGUAUUAAAAUCACUGUAAAGUGAGUCAUAAGGAGAGGGUUCACUUGUGACUUGAGAUUUAUUAAAUAUUCUCAAGACUUUAAAUUUGUCCCUAGAGCUUUCUUCUCAUAUUCGAUUGACUUGAAAACUUGUUUUGAUAAGUGGUCUUAAUAGUUCUAUUACUGUCAUUGGGUUAAUUGCAUAUCUAGAGAUUAGGUAUGCAAAUGAGAGAUGCAUAUUUAACUGACUGUAUGAGCUAGAAUUCUAAUUCUAGUGAUUUUACGUUUUAAGAUGAAAAUCAACACAUGAAAUCCUAAAACACUUUGACAUUUUAAUUAUUGAUCUUAAAUGUUCGUAGUAUUUAUGCAUAUUUUAUGAAAAAGGUUUUUAAUUUAUCAAUUUUGAAUUAAUAAGUGUGACUUUAACUUAAGCUAAAAGCUAUUUUUCCCAUGAAAGGGAAUUUAUCUUGCAGGAUUUUAAAGCACAGGCCACUUAGCGGUUCUUAGGAAACAUUAGAGAUGCAGUGUGUUCCUUUUCUUUCUGUGGACUAUAACAAUGCUUCUCUGUACAUGUCAGAGUGGAUUAACAAUGUGUUUUACUCUGUAUUUUCCUGCAGGGAAAGGCUGCAGUGGAAAUGCAGCUGAGCAACUGCAGUUUCAAAGUUUUGCUGAUAAUGCCUUUAAAAGGUCUUUAAACCUCAAAGCCUGGAUGCUGGCAGUUAGGACAUUGCCCUGUAAUGCAAGAUUUAAAAAUGUCUUGAAACCUUGUUUUCUUGUAAACUGCCAUUGUAAACUGCCAGCAAUAAAAACAAAACUGCAUGAGGAUUUGGAGUGUGUGAUACUUUUUUUUAAAAGUGAACUCAAAAGCAUUUAUUAUUAGUGAUUCCUAAUGCUGCUUUCACAUUUGGAAGCUGUCCUUGGAAAUGCAGUCCAUGCUAAAGAUGGAUGGAAUGAAAAAGUGACUU